AUGACAACCCCUAAUGACUUUGCAUCACCGAAGGAAAUGUCUCCAAGACAUGCGAAUAGCUCAGAAAGUUUGCAUAAUAACCACCAACUUCAACAAGGUGCUGCUGAUCAAGCAAACAAUAAUAAUAAUAUAUGGAAAUCCACUUUUAUGAACCAACAACAGCAACAACAACAGCAGCAGAACAGCUUUGCAUUUACUAACCCCUGGAGUAGUAACAAUGCAGAUUCAACACUAUCCCCCCCGCAGCAACAACAACAAAGUUAUAACAUGGACAUGGACGAAGAUAUGCUCGAGUCCUUCAAGAGAAGAAAAUCAAGUUUGGUAAUACCUCCAUCCAGAGCACCUGCACCAAAUCCGUUCCAAUAUGAUCAAUAUAAUCAAUAUGGACCCCCACAAUCUCAACAACAGGUUCCCUCUCAACAACAAGAAAUAAACUAUUCUCAUCAGCAACAACAACAAUUAUAUAAUGCUCAUCAGUAUGGUGCUAGGUUGGGACCCUCCAUGUACCAGGAUUUCCAAAGAAGACAGAGCAUGGCUGCUUCUCAUCUUUACCCUAAUGGAAAUGGUAAUAAUAUAACCAAUUACAGUACAAGGACUAUCAAUAAGAAUUCAUCUAUUACACCAAAUACUGCAAACCCAAGUAUGAUGGCUGGUCCAAGUUACAUACCGGGAGGUCUUUCUAAUGAUAAUUCAAUGGUAUCACCAUUCAGAAGAUUGAGUGCCUAUCCAACAACAAAUAUUCAUACACCAGCAACGGCUAACUUACAACCUCCAUAUAAGCAACUCCGAAGAACUGGUGAAGAGCAACAACAGCAACAGCAACCAAAACCAUUAAUUAUACCAUCAAUGAAAGUUUGUAAGAAUAGAAAUGAUUUGAAUCCAAUAACGAAUCCAACACCUAAAUUUAGGCGUGCAUCACUAAAUUCCAAAACCAUCUCACCAUUGUUGGCAUUAACAAAGAAUUUAAUCACUACUUACCAACUAUGCUCUCCUGAUUUUACAUACAAACCUUCCAAAAAUCCUAAACGUGUACUGACGAAGCCAUCUGAGGGGAAAUUUAAUAAUGGAUUCGAUAAUGUUAACAGUGAUUAUAUCCUUUACGUUAAUGAUGUCCUGGGUUCAGAACAAAAUAGAAAAUAUUUGGUCCUAGAUAUUUUGGGUCAGGGAACGUUUGGACAAGUAGUUAAAUGUCAAAAUUUAACAACUAAGGAAAUCCUUGCUGUUAAAGUGAUUAAAUCACGGUCUGAAUACCUAAAUCAAAGUAUUACGGAAGCUAAAAUAUUGGAAUUGAUCAAUAAUAAGAUUGACCCGGAAAAUAAGCAUCAUUUUUUAAGAAUGUACGAUUCCUUCAUUCAUAAGAAUCAUCUUUGCUUGGUAUUUGAAUUACUAAGUAAUAACUUGUAUGAAUUAUUGAAGCAAAACCAAUUUCAUGGACUUUCCAUUCAAUUAAUUAGAAUAUUCACAAAGCAAAUGUUGGAAUCGUUAUGCGUUUUGAAAGAUAGUAAAUUGAUCCAUUGUGAUUUAAAACCAGAAAAUAUAUUACUUUGUUCACCAGAUAAACCUGCAUUAAAGAUUAUUGAUUUCGGUUCAUCAUGUGAGGAAACACGAACAGUUUAUACGUAUAUUCAAUCAAGAUUUUACCGUGCUCCAGAAAUCAUAUUGGGGAUUCCGUAUUCUACUAGUAUUGAUAUGUGGUCGUUAGGUUGUAUCGUCGCUGAAUUAUUCUUGGGGAUCCCUAUUUUCCCAGGGUCGUCUGAAUAUAACCAAUUGACUAGAAUUGUCGAUACCUUGGGGUAUCCACCAAAUUGGAUGAUCGAUAUGGGUAAAAACUCCGGUAAAUUCUUGAAAAGAGUUAUUGAUGAGGAUGAUGAAGAUGAUGAAGAAGGAACUACCAAGGUGACGAAGAAAUUUGAAUUGAAAACUUUAGAAGAAUUUAAUAUGGAUUUUCCCGACGCAAAGGAGGAACCAGGGAAAAAAUAUUUCAAAUGGAAUAAGUUACAUGACAUAAUUAAGAAUUAUAGGAUUUCCAAGAGCAUUCAAAAUAACCCUAGAGCAGUGGAGCAAGAAAUGGCAAAUAGAGAAUGUCUGAAUCAUUUCCUUGAAGGAAUAUUGAAUAUUAACCCACUGGCCAGGUGGACACCACAACAAGCAUCAAUGCAUCCAUUCGUCACACAACAACCAUUUACUGGUGAAUGGUAUCCUCCUGGGUCAAGCGUCAAUAUGAUACAUCGUCAAAAUACUACUAAUAAGCAAGAGAGGAAAAAUGAUGGUGUUUUGGAGAAUAAUUUUGAUGCAAAGUUGACAGUACCUUCGAAGAAUGGGGAGCCCGUAGCGAGGAAUAAAAGCACGUCAAACGAGUUUAAUAAACUAAGCAUUGAAUAA